GUUACCAUUUAUUCCGUUGGAAAUGUUUUCAUCAUCAAUAACAACAACAAAAUUGAUGGCCAUAAUUAUCAUUAUAACCAUAUUAAUAACGGUAUUUAUGGCAAUAAUCAUUUCAUCAUGGAUUCGUAAUCAUUUGAAAUGUCUAUGUCAACGAGGAAUAUCCGGAAACAAUGAUUCAAUAUUUGUUCAAUCGAAAUCAUCCUUAACAAAUGAAAAUCAACAUAAACAACAAUUACGACAACGGCAAUGGAAAUCAUCAAAGAAUAAUAAUAAUAAUAAUAAUGAUAUAAAAGAUUCGUCGUUGAAGAUGGAAUUAUCGAUGAAAAAAAUUAUUGAAAAAUUUUUCCAAAAACUAUACCGGAAAUUUUUCCGACCAAAUAAACUAGAACAAUCGAUUGGAUUAUUGAAAGUUGAUAGACUAUCAUCAUUGGAAAAUGUUUAUCAUCUGCCAUAUGCACCUGGUCCAUUUACAUUACCAAUUAUUGGUAAUCUUUUUCAAUUGGCAAAAUAUUCAAAUAAUCCAUGGGUUGGUUUCGAUAAUUUCCGCCAACAAUUUGGUCCGAUUUGUCGGCUACAAUUGGGUCGAUUUCCCACCGUACUGAUAUCAUCAGUCGAAACAAUGCGUGAAGUUUUAAUCACAAAAGGUGAACAUUUCGCUAAUCGUCCACAUUUUAAUCGUCAUGCGCUAUAUUUUGAUAUGGAUCGACAAAAUGCAUUAGCACUUUGUGAUUGGACCGAUGUACAUAAACAACGACGAUCGAUUGCACAUGCAGCGGUUAUACCAAGAUUUGGUACACAAACAUUUCAACGUUUAUCCGGUUGUAUACGUAUAGCUAAUCAACGAUUAUUACAACAAAUACGACGUAAUGACGAUUCAUCAUCAUCUGGGAAUGGAAUGAAAAUUCUACAAAAACAAUCAAUUAUUCAGUUAUCAUGUCAAAUAUUUUUUCAUUUCUUACUUGAUAAAGAUAUUGUCGAUUCAGAGCGUGAGGGUAUGAAUUGUGGAUCUAAAAUCGAUGAUUCAUUGAAAUCGUUUGUAGAAAUAGCCGAAAAAUUUGAUUAUAUAUUUUCCGAUAUAAAUGAAAUGUAUAUAAGCGAUUUUCUACCAUUUUUACAAUAUUUUACGCCCAUACGACGAUAUUUUCAUUCAUUAUAUCAAUGUUCAACAUGGAUAUUUCGUCAGGUCGAACAAAUUGUUUUGGAACGUUUUGAACAGCUUUGUUUGAAGCGCAAACAGCAGAAAAUUAUUGAUAAUGGGAAUGGUAAAAUUUCCGGUGUUACCUCUGAUAUUGACAAAUCAUCGUCAUCAACUUCGGAAAUUAAUUGUGAUGAACGUUUUGUUGAUCGUAUAUUAUUACAGAAACAAUAUAAAUCAUCGGCAAAAUUUUUGGAUUUUAUUCUUGAACAUUAUCUGGAAAAUGAACGUACAAUGCAAUGGAAUGAAAUGAUGUAUGAAAUCGGUGAUUUAGUUGGUGGGAAUUCGGCCGUUGGAAAUCUACUGUUUCGUUUAUUAGGUCAUUUGGCCAUUAAUCCGGAAGCACAACAACAACUAUAUGAUCAAGUGAAAUCGAUUGCAAUCGAAAAAGAGGAAUCGAUUGUUAAUUUGAAUGAAGAAGCAAAAGCUAGACGACAGAAAAACGUACAACCAAUGAUAAUGAUUGAAGAUCAACAUCGAUUACCUUUGGUUACGGCAGCCAUUAUGGAAACAUUACGUCUAACAUUAUCACCGAUCGUACCGCAUUUAAGCCGUUGGGAUACAUCUAUUCAAGGUUAUUUCAUACCUAAAGGAACGAUGAUCUUAUUCAAUAUUUAUCACCUGAAUUUAUCGGAAAAAUUAUAUCCAAAUCCAUUUAAAUUUGAUCCAAAACGUUUUAUUACCGACGAUGGAUCCGUACUGAAACCAGAUCAUUUUUUCCCAUUUUCACAUGGCCGCCGUUCAUGUUUAGGCUAUAAAAUGGUCAAUACAAUCAUAUCGACAACGGUGGCUAACCUAUUAUUGGAAUAUCGAUUAACAUCGCUUUCAUUGGAAAAUCAUAAACAAAUCGAACGAAUGUUACAGCCGAAAGGAAGUCUUGCACUACCAUAUAGACCGGGUGAUUGUUAUAAUAUUGGCCUCAUUUCACGUAAUUGAUUGAUUGGAUAAGCAGCAACCAUUUUUUUCUCAUUCAUCCAUCCAUCAAAUAAGCAAGAAAAUUUUAUAAAUCCGAAUUGAGUUACGAAUGGAGAAUUCAGAGAUUUUUUUUCGAUUUUUAAAUUCAUUUCAUUCAUUGGCACUUGUUUACCGAAACAAUUUUUGGAUCAUUUCUUAUUUCAAUUUUUUUUUCAUUUGUAGAUUUUAUUUGAU